AUGGCCGGGCCCCCGAGCCGGGCUACCACCACUCUAUCGCCGUCCUCCUUGGAAUCGUUCCCGAUCCUCGAAUCACAUUCGGGCUUUAGUGGCAGGGUCCCUGAAACAGCUUUUGACCCAGCAAUCCAGAGUAGCAACGACAGAAGACCCGACAUGUUGGCUAGGCUGUUCCAUGUCUCCGGCUCGAUGGAGCGAAUUCCUCGUAGCCUCCGCCACCGAUGCCUGCAAAUUCCUAUCCCGGCUGGACUCAUUCCACGCGUCGCUGUCAUUGUCAGCUUUCCAUUGGCACACAAGGAAACCAAUACUGAGCCACAUGGAAAGACUUUUAGACGUCCAAACGGUCUAGCUCAGGACCAUGCCAAGCUGUGCUGA